GCAGGGGAAAAAGAAUAAAAAGGAAAAGUAAAAAAAAAAAAAAUUUGGAACCAAAACCUAUCCUCUCUUUCUCUAUUUUAUCAGAAAAAUAGAAAAGGUUUGAAAAUGGCCAGCACCAAGGCAACACUCGUAUUUGCAGUCCUUUGCCUUCUCCUUAUAUCUGAGAUGGGAAUGCUCAUGGUUGAAGCUGAGAGAGCAGAUUGCCAACAGAAGUGUGCAUCGAGGUGCAGCAAGUCAUGGAAGCAGAAGAUGUGCCUCAAAACCUGCAACACAUGCUGCCAAAGGUGUAACGACGGCUGUGUGCCACCCGGCCCAACAGCUAACAGAGAUGUCUGCCCUUGCUACGCCCAGAUGAAGACCCAUGGCAACAGAUACAAGUGCCCUUGAAUUCUAAUUUGAUUAAUUAAUAAUUACCCAUUAUGGUUGAAAAUAAAAGGGGAGAGAAUAAGAGAGAAAGAGACAGUUGGCAAAAAAGAAAAAGGGAAUAAUUCUGUGCUUUUCAUUUUGUGGUGUAAAUGUGUCGGCACAGCUCUGAGUGUGUUUUAUGAUAAUUGUUGGGUUGUAAUAUAGAAAGUAUGAAAAAUCUCAAAUGCGACAAAUUGUUUGUAAUUCCUUUUAUUUGUUUUAAAUUUGUGGACCAACAACUGUUGGUGCUCAUUAAUAAAUGAAUUAUUUUUAU